AUAUAUAAGAAUGAUCAAAGGAUCCAAAAUACAACGUAACAAUUUUUUCAGUCAAAUAUUUAUUACAGUUAUAGGAUACGAAUAACAAAACACCGAAGAAAUACGCGUCAUUCAUUUCUUAAAAUCACAUUUUUCCUUGUCCUUAUAAAUUUUCUCUUAAAUCUACUGUCUCUGCAAUUUUCCUGUAAGUAAAAUGUUACUUUGUUUAAAUUCAUUAUUGUGACAGUAUUCUUUCUGUCUGAAAUCUAAAUUACAGAAGAAACCUUUUUUUUCUUUUAACGCGUGUUUAUUUUGCUACACACAAUUGAGAAAAAUGCAGGUAACUGCAGUACAUAUAUAUAUAUAUAUAUAAAAUACGGUCCAUAUUUAUUGACAAUUAAAAUCUCGCGUGUACUAAAAUUUUAAUUAUAUUUCGUUGAUGUAACUUUUUUAACUCAAGUUAAUUUUAUAAGUCAUUAGUUUUAACUUAAUUUAGUUUAAAAAAUAUUAACUUAAAAUAUUAAUUUAUUCAAGUCUAUAUAUUUAAUAAAAAAAUAAAGAGAUUUUAUUAAUUUUAUUGAAAUUAUAAUAAAUUUUUAUGAAAUUGCAACACAAAAGGCUACGAUCGAAUGUGUAAACGUUAUUAAUUUUCGUCACUAUGUAUAUUAACAAUAUUUUAUUAAUAAUAUUUUAUUGAAAUUGUAAUGAAUUUUUGAUGACAUUGAUAAAAAAUAGAUUGAUAAAAUCAUUAAUCAAAACGUUCCAAAAAUAAACAAAAAGUAUAUAUUGUUAAAAUUUUUCCAUCAGCUAAAUGUUAGCAAUUAAUAUACACAUGUAUACACAUUACAUUAUUGACAUAACAAAAAGAUCAGAUCAGUGAAUUAUCAAACAUAAAUAUUUAAUUUAAUUUAAUUUUUAAUUAUUUUUUCACCUAUUAUCAUUUAAUUAGAGUGCAGAAAAAUUUAUACAUGUCGCUAUUUCGCGCGUGCGACAGACUUUGCACUAAGAGAUACGAACUACCGCCGUCGCGACCGAAUUGCGAGAACUUAAUCGUCGAGCCUGACAAUGUACUGAUGCUUCCCGUUUACGGUUUACAUCAUGAUCCGAAAUAUUUUCCAAAUCCGAAUAAGUUUGAUCCCGAAAGGUUCAACGAGACGAAUAAAGAUAAUAUUUUACCAUAUACUUAUCUGCUGUUCGGUCACGGACCUAGGAAAUGUAUCGGCAAUCGAUUUGCCCUCAUGGAAACGAAAAUUCUGAUAGCUUAUCUUUUACAAAAGUUCACUAUAAAAACUAUGGAAAAGACUAUCGAACCCAUCAUUUUCACUAAAAAAGAGUUUGCAUUGCAACCUGCUGAUGGAUUUUGGGUCGAGUUGGAGAAGAGAGAAAUGUGAAACCUAUGAUAUUAUGUUUGGAAAAUUAUUGCUGCUUUUGGUACUGCAAUACACGUAUGCACUUUGAUAGAUGCUUGAAGUGUACAAUAGACUUAUUUGCGACAUAUUAUAUCAUUGUUAUAUAAAACAAAUGCUAAAGUCAAAUGACCAAGUUUUUAUUAAUAAUUGGAAUUAAAAAAAUAUUAAAGUACAAACAUCACUGACUUGUACGUAUAAAUUCUCGGAUCUAUUCGGAUGUAUUAAUGGUUUUUAAUGAUUAUUAUACAUAUAACUGUAUUAUUGUGUAUCAUUUACGCAUUUAUAAUAUUUUCGACUAAUAUACGUGCAACGCAUAGCAGUUAUGAAAAAACAGGCAGAUAGCUACGAACUGAUUUGCACUUUUUCCAUCCACUUCGCCGAAUGGCAUA